CAAUCUUUUCCAGACCUGGACGUCAAGCAAGAACUGUUGAUCCGGUGUGCUUGAUCCAUGACAGCAGAAUUACCUCCAGGCUUGAAAUUGGUUCCAAGAACUGAUAAGAAUCCACUGUCUGCGCUCUGACGCAUUGACUUGGACUGGUUUUUGUGCCUAAAAUGGACUUAGAGAAAAUGUUGCGGAGGAUGCAAAGAAUCAAUCAUUUGAGGGCGCUGAAAGAGAACUAAAAGAACUGAGAGAAAUAACUCAGGCAUGGCUUCAGCGGUGGAGGGCGGCUGCUCCAUGCUGCUGACCGGCUGGAACAGCAGUGUGAGCGGCUCCGGAGGCUCCGCGCCCUGCAACCAGAGUGUCCGGUCCCUCACCCCUUACUCUCCCGAAGCCACGGCGGCCUUCGCCACUGCCAUAACGCUGAUGGUCGUCUUCACCAUCGUCGGAAACAUCAUGGUCAUCAUCGCCGUGCUGACCAGCAGGUCUCUACGAGGUCCGCAGAACCUGUUCCUGGUGUCUCUGGCUGCUGCGGACAUCUUAGUGGCCACGCUGAUCAUCCCCUUCUCGCUGGCCAACGAACUGCUCGGCUACUGGUACUUUAAAUCUCUGUGGUGUGAGAUCUACCUGGCGCUAGACGUUCUGUUCUGCACCUCCUCCAUCGUGCACCUGUGCGCCAUCUCAUUGGACCGCUACCUGUCCAUCUCCCGGGUCACUUACGGGCGCCAGCGGACUCCCAGACGCAUCAAAGGCGCCAUCGUGGUGGUGUGGCUGAUCUCUUCCAUCAUCUCAUUCCCUCCUCUGCUCUCACUAAACAAGAGUGAGGUUAGUGAUGAGGCGAGUGAGAGAGGGCCUCAGUGCCAGCUGAAUGAUGAGCGCUGGUACAUCUUGUACUCCACCAUAGGCUCCUUCUUCGCCCCCUGCCUCAUCAUGAUCCUGGUGUAUGUGAGAAUCUACCAAAUAGCCAAACAGAGAACACGCUGCCCUCCUGGGGAGCCCAGGAAGGACGGGGUCGCCUGUGCAACUCCAAGUCAGCCUGCACGACACAUACAAGCCAACGGAAAGGAUGAUGAAGAGAGCACUCCCCCUUCAGCAAGCAAAACCUCAAACGCCAGACCCCCCACCCUUGCUGUCACCCCUUCCCCAUCCCCAGGAGACUCACAGAGUCCCCAGAAUCCAACCACUAAUAACCUCCUGCAGCCCCCUGCCCAGUCUCCAGCCGUGUCUCCAGUCACAAUUCCCCCUGACACCUCGGCCCCCUCGUCCAACCCUGCGCCUCAGCCUGCUCCCAAAACCAAGGAGAAGGUGAAGAAGGGCAAAAAGCUGAGAGGGAAAAAGGCCGACAAUAACAAUGGCGACAGCUCGAGCACAGAGAGCGAUGCAGAGCACAGCCAGGGAGGGGGCCGGGGGAGCGCCAGCAUGCCGGGGUCACCUGCUGGGGGGGGCAUCCACUCCCCAGCCUCGGUCAAGCGCUACCGUGACAUGAUUGCCACCUCGAAGGGCGCUCGCCUGAUGCCAGGAAGGAAGUCAAAAACAGAGAGCAAUCCUGGGGCUGCACGGCGUAAAGCAAUGGUCAACCGGGAGAAACGAUUCACCUUCGUCCUGGCCGUGGUCAUCGGUGUCUUUGUGGUGUGCUGGUUCCCCUUCUUCUUCUCCUACUCUCUGCAGGCAGUGUGCCCAGAGACCUGCGUCAUCCCCGACCCACUCUUUAAGUUCUUCUUCUGGAUUGGCUACUGCAACUCUUCCCUCAAUCCAGUCAUAUACACCAUCUUCAACAAAGACUUCAGAAAGGCUUUUAAAAAGAUUCUGUGCAGAACCACCAAGGGUACUUUCUUUUAGCAUGUAAAUGUGCUGCACAAAACAUUCACACUGAAAGAGCUUCGUCUGAGGCAAAGCAGAACAAUCAUUUCCAUUUUACCAAACACUCAAAGGGCUGCUUUAAAAAUAUGUUAAAAUGUGGAGAUUUCAGUGUAAAAUUUAGAACUGAAGGACACUUUUUCAACCACAAUGUGCAAACAGACAAAUUGAACUGUGUUUAAUCAUGAAUUGAAGCUGGGGAUGAGUUGAAAAUGGGACAUGAAAAGGCAUAAAACUGCUUGGAGCUUCAGGACUGCUGAUAAGAUCCCGAAUGCAGCGUUUUAUCUCCAGAUUAUAUCGACUCAAGGACACAUCGCUGCAGAAAUGUACACGAAGAACUACAUGUUGCAGGAAGUGUCCUGAGAACCAAGUUUUCAUUGUGAAUAAAGACUUUUAUAAUAUGUACAUAAAAUGUUUUGUAAGUAUCGGCUAUAGAAAGGCAAGUGGCCUUAGAUUCCUAUGCGCCUGGGGGGCCUUUUAUUUAUCAGCACAGAGCACAAGGAGGACACAAGGUUAGCGGUGAUUUCUUACGUCUGCAGUCUUAAUUUGUCCCGCUGCAGGGCAAACAUGUGUUCCUUGAUUUAAAAGAGCAACAACAAGAGAAGGUUUCAAACGAUCUCAGAUGUGAUUUCACAAAUAAGAGCGCCCUUUCAAACUCAACUCGCAGAGUUUUUAUGUGAAGAGCCACCUUUGCUCCUGGCUUUUGCAGGAGUCCCAAACAUGGCUCAGACUUUUUUUUUUUUUUUUUUUUUUUUU